UAGUGACUCUUUAUACAUAGCAUUAGCAAAGCUUGAAAUUUUGGGUGAUUGCAUUAAAGCUUUGGGGGUUUGUUUAACAGCUUCUUAGUUCUGGAGAUCACUCAGGUGAGGUCCCAACUCCAUUGGUGAGAUAAGAUUUGUGGGAAAAUGUGGAUUAUGGGGUUUGGCUUUUAAAUAGGUUUUGGGUAUAAAAUAAGGGGAGUGGCAGUGAUGUCAGUGGUAAGCAAGUGGGGCUCUCUGGUUUCCAGAUCUAUUUAGUAUUUGGGAGUAAUGAGUUUGUUGGCUAUGUCUCCUUGACUGACCCUUUGUGCCCGGGGUCGUCGGGCUCUGCUACCAAGCAAGGAAGCAAACUCUUCAGUGACUCUCUUCCCAUUCAAGAGAACAAUUUGUUAAAACCCAUCACCCAAAUUCCUCUCUCUUUCUCUCUCUCUCUCUUGCCUUGAAUUGUGGAAAAGCUUCGGUCAUACAAGAUAAUAGAUCAUCUUCCUCCCUUGAUACAUCCUAUCUGUCUUUUAACCGCAGUAAUUUGGUAACAUCCAGGAAUAAUCCAAUAUCAAUUUCUGAGGUCUUCCUAUUCUUGCCCUGGAAUUUGUUAUCCCUGCUUCUUGUUGAGGUGUAUGUGAUUUGGACCAGGGGUCACAGUGAAUUUGCUGAAUUGGCAGAAGUUGGGUAUUGACAUCUCAGAGGUGAAAAGAUCUCCUUCUUGACACAAUGAAGUUUAUGAAGCUUGGAUCAAAGCCUGAUUUGUUUCAGACAAAUGGAGACAAUGUCAGGUAUGUAGCAACUGAGUUGGCAACAGACAUAGUCAUCAACGUGAGGGAUGUUAAAUUUCAUCUGCACAAGUUUCCCCUUCUGUCCAAGAGUGCACGCUUACGGGAGCUGGUUGCAAUAACAGAUGAGGAAAACAAUGAUGAAGUCAACAUUAAUGAUAUACCUGGUGGACCUGCUGCCUUUGAAGUAUGUGCUAAGUUCUGUUAUGGUAUGACAGUCACUCUGAAUGCAUACAAUGUAGUUGCAGCUCGUUGUGCAGCAGAAUAUCUGGAUAUGUAUGAAACCAUCGAGAAAGGCAAUCUUAUCUACAAGAUUGAAGUCUUCCUCAACUUUAGCAUUUUCCGGAGUUGGAAAGACUCGAUCAUCGUUCUUCAAACAACAAAGUCUCUUCUUCCUUGGUCUGAGGAACUGAAGGUUGUCAGCCACUGCCUAGACUCCAUAGCUUCUAAAGCUUCCAUUGAUGCUUCAAAGGUAAAGUGGUCAUACACCUAUAACAGUAACAAACUCCCAUCUGAGAAUGGAAAUGAUCCACAAUGGAAUGGUGCUAAAAAACAGCAAAUAAUUCCUAAGGACUGGUGGGUGGAGGACCUGUGUGAGCUUCAAGUUGAUUUAUAUAAACGGGUCAUAACAACCAUAAAAACAACGGGAAUAAUGUCUGCAGAUGUAAUUGGAGAAGCCUUGAAAGCAUAUGCCCUGAGAAGGUUGCCAGGGUUUAGCAAGGGUGUGGUACAUGAUGGUGACAUCAUUAAGAGUCAGUAUGUGGUUGACACCAUAACGUGGCUGCUGCCCUCAGAGAAAGGCAGUAUUCCUUGUAGUUUCUUGCUGAAAUUGUUGCAGUUAUCAAUUAUGUUAGAAUGUGGAGAGAUGGUAAGAAGGGAGCUGAUUAGAAGAAUUGGACAGCAGCUAGAGGAGGCUACUGUGGCUGAUCUUUUGAUUCCAGCUCCAGCUGGUGAAACAAUUGUGUACAAUAUUGAUAUAGUAAGAGACUUGGUUCAGGAGUUUCUGAAGCAGGAGUGGAGUGCUCAUACUCAUUGUCUCAUAGAAAAUGAAUUCCUGGAGAUAAGAAGCCCUGGGUUUGUAUCAAAUGCCUCCAAGGCAAAGUUGGCUAAGCUGGUUGAUGCCUACCUUGCUGAAGUUGCAAGAGAUCCUAAUCUACCUCUCUCAAAAUUCGUUGAUCUUGCAGAAAUGGUAUCUGGUUUCUCAAGAAUGUCUCAUGAUGGAAUUUACCAUGCCAUUGACAUGUAUCUCAAGGAACACCCUGGGAUCAGCAAGAGUGACCGAAAGAAAAUUUGCAGGCUCAUGGACUGCAAGAAGCUCUCAGUGGAUGCAAGCAUGCAAGCUAUGCAAAAUGAGCGACUCCCACUAAGAGUUGUUGUGCAGGUCCUCUUCUUUGAGCAGGUCAGGGCCAUGACAGCAACCAGUGGUUCCAACACACCUGACCUUCCUGUGUCCAUCAGGAGUUUACUCCCCGGUGGUUCCCAUGGGAGCUCCUGGUCUGCAACAACCAACACAGAAGAGGACUGGGAUUCGAUGCCAACUGCUGAAGAGUUCAAGGUUUUGAAGGGGGAGCUGGCUACUCUACGGUUGAGGGAAGGGGGACGUGGCAAUAACAGUAACAUGAAUGAAUGUACCAAAACAAAUGACAAAAAAAUUGCUGCCAGUGAAGUUAAAGGUUUGCUCAUGUCAAAAAACAUCUUUUCGAAGCUUUGGUCAAGGAGAGACAGAUCAAACGAGAACAGCAGUUCAGAAACAUCGGAGAGCCCUGGUUCUACAAUUGCGGAGGAGACAAAGUCCACCCCAUCAAGAAGCAGAAGGCAUUCAUCAUCUUAGUGUCGAUACAACUAGGAACCGUAGUCUUGGAUCAGUAUUUAGAAUUGUAUCAUGAAAUAAUGAUAGGAUGUUAGAAAACCCACAGACAUCUUCCAGCUAGCUUGGGUAUGAAAGGAAAAGAUUUUGCACCUGUAUCUUUUGGUCAAUAGAAGCAUCUGGUUACUAUAAAGACCAGCUUGGGACUGAGUUUUACCAUGAAAAGGUUCAUAAAUGUUGAUUGUGAUUUUUUGUACCCAAAGAGAAUUGGAGGUUCCUUCUUAUAUUUGUUUUUGCUUCUCUUGUUUUAGAUUAGGGUUUUGAUUGUGCUUGUGACCCAAAUUUGCUAGACAGUAUGUGGAAAAGAAAUGCCAAUGAGGAGGAAUAUAGAAAUAAGC